AUGACCAAGAAAGAUAAGAAGCCAAAGAUCACCACCGUCACCACCAAAGAGGGUGACACCAUGAAGGUGUUCGAGGACCUGGACACAUUCCAGACGUUCAUCAAGAACGAAACUGAGGACGACGAGUUCGACCACGUCCGUUGUCAUCUCAAGUACUACCCACCCUUCGUGCUUCAUGAGUCCCACGAAGACCCUGAGAAAAUCAAGGACACUGCUAACUCCCACAGUAAGAAAUUUGUGCGACACCUGCAUCAGCACGUCGAAAAGCAUCUCUUGAAGGACAUUAAGAAGUCAGCUCAACUUCCUGAGUUGACCUUCAAGGACAAGUCCAAGGAGGAAACUUUCGAGCACGUGGUAUGGAAAUACAACGAUAAGACUCAGUACCAUGGCAAGGACUUUGAAGUGCACGUCACCGUCGAGUGUCACUCAGACAGUGCUUAUAUAGAUGUUGACUACUUGACGCAGCCUGUGUUACGUCUAUAG